AUGAGUAAACCCGCUGUAACAAAGUUGUCCAAGUUAUCGAACAUAGAACAUAUAUUGGAAUUAGUUCCAGUAUCUUCGUCUAAAUUCUUGACCAAAAAUCUGCCUGCAGCUCCUCUCGGAUCUAAAGGUACAUUUGGUGGGACUCUAGUGGCACAAUCGUUAUUAGCAUCAUUAUACACAAUACCUAAGACGUAUGUGCCAACCUCUAUGCAUUGUUAUUUCAUAAAUGGAGGUGAUCCUAAAAAUAAUAUAUUAUACCAUGUAGAAAAGUUGAGAGAUGGUAAAAAUUUCAUCCAUAGACAAAUUAGAGCGUAUCAACAUGAUAAAUUAAUUUUCCAGUCAAUGAUACUUUUCUCCCAACAAAACUCAGAUAAAGAUCACGAUUCAUUACAUCAUUUGGAUCACAUUGAAUCAUUACCUUCAACACCUCCACCAGAUAAAUAUAAACCUGCCGCAUCAUUGUAUACUGAAAAAAUCAUGGCUGAAGGUCUCUUACAAAGGUACGCUCGUUUAUCUGAUAGAUUUAAAGAUAUAAACUAUUUGAAACGUCAAGUAGAAGUUUUCGAGAAGGGUGCCAUUGAAUAUAACUUUCCUAACGAUUUAUUUUACUCACAAAGGAGAACAUCCGUUCUAGAUUACUAUGUUAAAAUAAGACAUAAAGUAAUUCAAUCAAAAGAAUUCUCAUCUGGCCAAACAACAUCUAAUCACAACAACAUUAGUAGUUUGAAAAUAAUUACACCUGAUACAGACCCAAGAUAUAACUAUGUCGCAUUCGCAUACUUAUCUGACUCUUAUCUGUUACUAACAUUACCAUAUUUCCAUCAACUACCAUUAUAUUCUCAUAAAUUUAGUGUAUCAUUAGACCAUUCAAUUUAUUUCCAUCAACUACCAUUGGUUAAUAAUUGGAUUUAUUUAAGAAUUAAAAAUUCAAGAUCUCAUUGGGAUAAACACUUGGUACAAGGUGAAUAUUUCGAUUCCAACUCUGGUAAUAUUAUAGCUACUGUAUCGCAGGAAGGUUUAGUCGUUUAUGAUCCUGAAGAGGAAAUCAAGGCAAAAUUUUGA